UGUGAGAAGCCUAGAGCAUAUCAAUUGGAAUUGGACUUACCCUACCCCGUGGAGUCGGAAAAGGGGAAUGCGAAAUUCAACAAAUCUACACAUAAACUUCUUCUAACCCUUCCUGUAAUUCCGCCACCGACUAUCAAUUUGGUGAUGCCUGAGUUAAAGGCAAAAACAGAAAACAAGACACCCGGUGAAAAUUCUGCAUCCUUAAUUGAGGUUCUUCAGCCCCCAGCCGAACAGCUGAAUGGAGAUGACCGUGCUACUCCUGAGAUUGAUGAUAUUUUGGGUAUUAGUAAAAAGCGUAGAAGGAAGAAACGCGGGAAACAUCUCGAUUCCGUCAGCGAAUCCGAUCCAGGUGUAGGUUCCACUACUGGAGUCUCAGCGCAAUCUACUGAGACCAUGCAUAAAAUCAAGUUGCGUCGACUACCAUCGGCCCAGCUAGUUGUCCCCAAGACAUCAUCGUUGGCUUCGGUACGAGUUCGACAGGACUUGGCUUCCUUCACAGUGGUUGUAGAAGUACGCAAUGCACUUCCCAAAUCGCUGCAGCUAGCGUGGUCGGCCGGCGAGGACGCGCUGCGGCUCAUGCUGACUUGCUCAAGUCGUGGCACGGGUAGUUGCACCCUCCAAUGGGGAAUUGUACUGCACUGCCCGGCGCCCACUCUCUCCCUCCACGAGAAACAGUCAGACAGUGGCGAGGACGGUAAUGGUAACAUCGAUGGUGAGCAACCACGGGUGAUUUGCUGCGAUGUCUCUGCUAGUAAUGUGGCAAUUAUCGUGCAGAAGCCGUCGCUCUUGCGUAGCUGGUGGAGAUCGAUCGCUGUUGGUAGAGCUCUUGGACCUGGGCUCCAGGAAAUGCCCGUUGCGGGAGGUUCAUCAGUUCUGACGGAUCUACCUGCAUCUCCUCCGCAUGUCAGCUGUCAAAUGUCGAGCGUCAGUCUAACCGUCCAAUCCCCAGACUGUAUUCAGUUCUCGUUUCACGAAGACCCUCAAAAUCGGGCGCAGAUGACAACUGUAGCUCAUAACUCCGCAGCUCCUUCCUCGUCCGCCCCUGCCGCUGUCAACAGGUGUGGGUCCAUUGACUCUGACAGUGGAUUACAUUUAAGAGGGAUCUUGAAACAGCGGUCAACGUCUGAGUGCAGUUUGGACGGUUGUGGGCAGACGCCUUUUGGCAGCAAUUUAAGCGCCUUUCCCCCACAACUCGUGUGCUCUGACGAGUUUCCAUCAAACAGCGAGGAUGAAGCGGUUUUUCCACCGUCUACGCCACGAAAAUACGAAACCGCCCCUGCCACUGCUAACCUUGCCUCGCAGGAUACAGGUACUCGUCCCUUAACUCUCGGUAGACGACGAGGAAAUUCGGUAAACUUCUCCAAAAAGGACGAGAAGGUUGCUUUCUCGCCCUUUGACCCCGUCCAGACUUUGCAUAAUUUGCUUCGUCAUAAAGCGUGA